AUGAAUGAAAAACAACAUAUUGAAAAUGUUUUCCAUAAGCACUCACAUGAAUCUCGAAUUGACUACAGAAUCAGAUUGAAUGCAUCUAUUGAUUGUAUUAGAUUUCUUCUACGACAAAGUCUUGCCUUUCGUGGCCACAAUGAGUCUAAGGAUUCAAGCAACCAAGGUAAUUUUCUUGAGCUUUUGCAAUUUCUUGUUGAUCACAAUGAGGAAGUUAGAGCCCUUGCUUUGAAAAAUGCUCAUGAAAACCUCAAAAUAACUUCACCUAAGAUUCAGAAAGACAUUGUAAAUGCUGUAGUAGUUGAAACAACUGAUGCUAUUAUUAGAGAUAUGGAUGAUGCAUUCUUUUCUAUUUUAGUUGAUGAAUCUCGUGAUGUACCAGUAAAGGAGCGGAUGGUUGUUAUGUUUCAUUAUGUAGACAAGAAAGGAUGUGUGAUUGAACGAUUCAUAGGUAUUGAACAUGUUACAAGUACCACAACUGAGUCGCUUAAAGCAAGUAUUGAUGCAUUAUUUUCUAGAAAUAAAUUGAGUAUGUGCAGAUUACGAGGUCAAGGUUAUGAUGGGGCCAGUAACAUGAGUGGAGAGUUCAACGGUCUGAAGACACUCAUCAUGAGGGAGAAUGAGUUUGCUUACUAUGUUAACUGUUUUGCACAUCAACUUCAGUUGGCUAUUGUGGGUUUGGCAAAAAAACACAGUCUCAUAGGUGCUUUCUUCACCUUAGUUUUUAAUGUGGUAAAUAUUGUUGGAGCAUCAUCGAAGCGUCGUGACAUUCUUCGGGAUAAGCAAGCUCUCAAAGUAGUUGAAGCAUUGACCAAUGGGGAGCUUUCUAGUAGGAAAGGUUUAAAUCAAGCAACAGAGAUUAAGCAACGUUUUUAG